CAAUGAGUGCUCGCUACAUGGUUUAUAUUGCCCAUUGUAAAAUAUUUCAUUGGCCACUUUGGUUGUUGGUUGUUGUCUUGUUUCAUCGUUUGAUUCUGGUUUUACAACUGCUUAUAAUGUGCUUCUCACCCCAAAUAUAGUGGAUUCUGAUGUAAAUUUUUCUAAUAUUGUGUGCGGCUGUAUGAUGGUUAAGUAAGCAGCAGCGACAUCGGUCGUGUGAGGGCAUCGAAGCCCGACAAGACACGCCGAAGCUGGACGGCCCGGGAGGAAGAAAUGUUGUUGGCCUCGCUCAAGGAACUCGUUGCUCAAGGUUGGAAGGCCGACAAUGGGUUUCGAGCUGGCUAUCUUUUGAAACUCGAAGAAUCUAUGCGCAAAGAAUUUGUCGGGACUGACAUAAAAGGGAUGCCGCAUAUCAAUUCCAAGCUUAGCGCAUGGAAAAAAAGCUAUAACUCGCUACUUCUGGCCCUCGAUGUUAGUGGAGUUGGGUUUAAUGCGAAGGGGACGUUCAUGUUAGAUUGUGACAACGAUCAAUGGGAGAUGAUUGUGAAGAAGGAUUCGAACGCACGGUUGAUGCGUUUCAAAAGCUGGCCAAUGUUUGAAGAUUGGAAAGAAGUAUUUGGUAAGGACCGUGCAAAUGGCUCAAACGCGGAGGAUGUUAUGGAGGGAAUGCACAAGAUGUAUGCGGCUGAUAGUCUUGGUGAAUGAGGUGGCAAUCUUGGACAGCAGACUGGUGAUGGUUUACAGCAUCAUGUCAAUAAAGAUGGAGAAGCGACCGAAGAUGCAGAAGAUAGUGUCUGCCAGGGUGAUGAAAAGGUUUCAACUGCAAAAAAGGUGAGUAAAAAAUGUAAAACAAGGGAAGGGGAAGAGAUGAAUGGCGUCUACAAGUGGCUCGGGGAAAUUAGUCGUGAUACCAAAGAGCGCCUUGACAACCUUGCCACUCGUGUGGGAUACGAGUGGGAUCUCGGCAUGGCGAGGCAGACAGUAUACGAGCAAUUGGGUUUGAUUCCCAGGCUGGACAUGAAUGACAAGUUUGAUAUUUGUGAAAUUUUAGGUGACAAAGUUCAGCGCCUGGAGAUCUUUAUUGGGUUGUCUGCCGAAGCGAAGAUUUAGUACGUGGCACGUCUUCUUCAAGCUCAUCGUAAUGAGUCCCGUUUCCCCUGAAGUGGCAGCGCUUGGUGUUAGUAUUUUGUGUGAUCUAGUUGAAUCCAAAACUUCUAUAUAGGAUCCAAGAUCUAUUUUGGCUUGUUUAUGUUUGGUUUGUGUGUAUAUAUUGACUCUGCUAGUUGGUUGUGAUGCCGUAGUGCGGCGGAGCGGUAGUAAUCUAGUUCUGGUCUAUUUAUUUUGUGUUGUCAAUGAGUA